GCAUGGCGCGUGUUUUUGAAUUCACCACUAACGAACAGAGAAUGCAUGUAAAAAUUGAUCGAUCUCUAACUUACAUUAGUCUAAUAAUAUCAAAGUAUUGUUAGCCUUGAAAAUGUCUUUAAGUUUUUGGUGUUUUUUGUGGUGUUUUUAUUUUUAUUUUUCACCACUAACGUUAGUAAUGUUAUGUACGAUAGUUCACACGUAUCACGAAUGACUCUUUGGACGAGUUAACUAAGAGAAUUUCCGAUUUACGUACAAGUUAACAGAAGAGUGAAACUAUAAAUAGAAUUGGGAUUUUUUUGUUGUCGUUGAUCUUUGGUCUCCAACAUAACGAUGCAAGUUUUAAUACUCAAUAAGUGUACCCAGGCAACUGAUCGAAGCCGUUUUGUAAUACAGUAUAUAGAAAACAUGGCCUAUCUCAGAAACUGGAGACGGUACAAUACAUUUGUUCAUGCGCUUGCACAAUCAAGCAGCAGUGAAAAUGAUGUUGAAAAUCAACUGCAGGCAGUUGGGGGCCAGCAGACAACUCCUGAAAUGUACACCUCCUCUGUGCAGUCAGAUUCUGGGGAAGAUCAGCAACAGCAGCACAUUAAUGAACCAGCAGAUUAUGACAGUGAUUCUUCCAUGUCCGUUGUUUUAACAAGUGAUGAAGAUAAUGAAAAUGAGCCUGAGGAAUGUUUACCAUCACAAAUUGCAGAAUGGGCUACAAAGUUUAAAUGCACUAGAUCAUGCAUUAAUCAUAUACUUGAAAUUUUUAGAAAGCAAGGCCACAGAGUACCAAAAGAUGCACGUACUUUACUUCAGACACCUCAAAGUAUUGAUAUCAUUAGAAAAUGUGGUGGCAAUUAUUAUUAUUUUGGGCUGCUAUCAGGACUUACGAAAACUGUGUCAUUACAUCCAAAUCAUUUUGAAGAUGAAAACUCAAUUAAACUUUCAUUUAACAUCGAUGGAGUACCAUUAUUUAAGUCUUCCUCGGUACAAUUUUGGCCAAUCCUAUGCAGUGUCAAUAGUUUUGAACCAUUUAUUGUUGCUUUGUUCUGUGGAACAAAGAAACCAGACUCAGUUGAGGAGUAUUUGCUGGACUUUGUUGAAGAACUUUGUAAUGUUGAAAAUACUGGGUUUCAAUUGAAUGAUAAACAUUUUGCUGUGAUCAUUGACUCAUUUAUUUGUGAUGCUCCUGCAAGGUCAUUUUUGAAAUGUACUAAAGGACACAAUGCAUACUUUGGAUGCGAUAGAUGCACAAUUAAAGGUGUAUGGCGUGGACGUGUUGUUUUUGAACAACCAGACGGCAUGAAUAUGCCGGAAAAGAGAAUUAAAGAAGAUUUCAAUGAAUUGCAGUAUACUGAUUAUCAAUUAAAGAGGUCACCUUUAGUUGAUAUUGGUAUCGAUUGUAUCAAAUCGUUUCCGCUUGAUUAUAUGCAUCUUGUGUGUCUUGGUGUGAUGAAAAGAAUUUUGAUGUUUUUAAAAUCAGGACCACGAGAGUGCAAGCUAUCCCAUCUGCAAAUAGAAUUACUUUCGGACAAACUUGUUGCUCUGAAUGGGAAAAUGCCUCGAGAAUUCGCAAGACAGCCACGUUCGCUUGAGGUUCUCGAUCGAUGGAAGGCAACAGAGUACAGGCAAUGCAUUCUAUACACUGGCCCACUUAUUUUCCGCAACAUAAUGCAUGACCAAAUGUAUCAACAUUUCCUAGCUCUAACGGUUGCCAUGUCAAUAUUACUUGACUCCAGAGAUGCUUCUAGGAAUCACUACCUGAAUUAUGCAAAAGAAUUGCUUGAAUACUUUGUCAAGAAAGCACCCCAGAUAUACGGAGAGACAUUUACUACCUACAACAUUCACUCUCUUGUACACAUAAGUGAUGAUGUUAAAAAUUAUGGUGUUUCACUAAAUGAACUAAGUGCCUUUAGAUUUGAAAACUAUCUUCAAAAGUUAAAGAAAUUUGUGAAGAAAGCACAAAAUCCUAUUGCUCAAGUUGCUAAACGGUUGUUUGAACUGGAAAGAACUACUGUCAAACCAUGGAUGAAUGUUUCAACAACCUAUCUUUCCACAAAAAGAAAAGACAGUUGUUUACUUUUAAAAGAUCAGUCGUUUGCAUUUUUGCAAGAAAAAAGAGAAAAUGGAGAAUUGAUAUGCAAAGUUGUUUCACAACAGAGACUGGAAAAUUUAUUUAUUAAUCCAUGUGAAUCGAAAUUAAUAAAUGUUGCCGUUGUGAAAAACACAACAUUGCAGAGGCAUGGACGGGAAAAAAUAAUCAGAAAGCAUGACAUAGAUAGAAAAGUUGCAUGUUUGCCUUAUGAUGGGAAAUAUGUGCUGUUUCCUUUGCUGCAUGGAAUUGAAAGGCAAUAUUAGGAUAAGAUGGACAAGAAGUGGGUAAGAGCUGUGUGGAGAGAGGAUGAAAAAGAGAUGGAGCUUGCCAUACCCAGUGUAUGGGUUGAAGGAAAUCGCAUAAGAUGGCCAAAUACAUCAAAUGCAAAAUCUGCACUCAAAGAAUGCAAGAAACCUGCUGACAAAUGGCUUUCAUUUGAUCUGAUAAAGAUCAAGUUUUCAUCAGGUAACUUCUUAAUUUAUUGAUAAGAAACCGAGUAAUUUAUGUUUGAAGAUGUAAAAAAUGUAGGGAAGUCAACAA